UCGUUUGAUUCAUUUUGUCGAGGCUACGGCCUGACAAAGGAAUCGACAGUACUCAGGUCUGUCGGGAUCGGAACAAAUCCGUUUGUUCGAUCUAUUUUGUCGAGGCUACGGCCUGACAAAGAAUCGGUUUGACUCAGGUUAACCGGGAUCGGAACGAAUACGUUCGUUCGAUCUAAUUUGUUAAGGUUCCGGCCUAACAAAGAUAUCGGUUUGACUCCGGUCAACCGGGAUUGGAAUGAUCUAUUCAUUCAAUCUGUGUUGUUCAGAUUCCGGUCUGACAAGUACAAAUAAAAUAAAUUGGCAAACAGAAAAUCUGAACAAAUUGAGAUAUAUUUUUCACUGAAGUCUAGAAACUUAAUUUAUUUCAAUAUGAUAUUAAUUUAAAAUAUAUUUUAGUUGGAGUGUAACAUUUUACCGUUUAUUGAAAAUGAAGACGGACCAACCAACGUUCGAUGGGAAGCAUGGAAAGAUCAAUUUUUGGCUUAUAUGGCAUUGAAAAGAAUUAAUGCUCACGAUGAAAUGUUUAAUGCUCUACAAUGUUUUGGCGGACCUGAUGUUAGAAAAGUUAUUAAGACAUGUGGAGAAAAUGCUGUUGAAAAUUUAUUUGAAGCUGCUAUGGAAGUUUUGGACAACUAUUUUGCACCCAAAAUGUCAUUACGAUAUGAAAGACAUCGUUUUCGGCAAAUGUUGUUCAAUCCUAAAGAAAAGUUGGAUCAUUUUGUUAUUCGUUUACGUUCUCAAGCAACACUAUGUGGUUUUGAUGAUCAACUUGAAGAGAUGUUAAUGGAUCAAAUUGUAUUUGCGACGCAGAAUGAUGAUAAAUUACGGGCAAAAUAUCUUGAAUGUGACAGAACAUUAGAUGAAAUGCUGAAAGUUGGCCGUACUCAUGAGUCAGUCAGAGUUCAGGUACACGAGUUGCGUAACAAACCAGUGCAUGAUUCCAGAGAAAUUUGCGGAAUUAACAGGAAAGAUAUAAAAUGCAGUCGAUGUAAUGGAAAUCAUUUAGCUAAUAAUCCUCGUUGUCCGGCUCGUGAUAUUUCUUGUCAUUACUGUAACAUGACGGGCCAUUUUGCGAGAUGUUGUAUGUCCAGAAGAUCUGGUUUUCAAAAGAUGCAUAAAAAGGAUGAUUAUGGUAACACGAACAAAAAUUAUCAACAAAAUCAAAAGCAUCAGAUGAAGACACAACAAAAGUUUGUUCGGGAAGUGGAUGAUGUUACAGAAAAAGUUGAAAUCCGUGAAUUAUUCCAUUUGGACGGGAAACGAUCUGUUGCGCUGGAUGUAGGAGGAGUCGAAGUAAAUUUCAUUAUCGACACUGGAGCAGAUGAAGAUGUACUAAGCAUUGAUGAUUGGAAAAACUGAAACAAACUGGAUUUAAAAUGUUUGAUGUGAGGAAAGGCAGUGACAAAAUUUUUCGUGCUUACGGUAGCUACAAACCAUUGACUGUACUUGGAGAAGUUGAUGUUGAAGUGAGGCAUAAAACCAAUGCCAUCGAACCACAUUAUUUGUUAUUCAAGACGGAAAAUGUUCAUUAUUAUCUGGAAAAUCAGCAGAAGUUCUUGGAAUUGUUAAAUUUUUACAUGCUAUUACACAGACUCCAUUUCCGGCAAUAAGAGGUAAUGAAAUAUAAUGUACAUAAAGCAGAAGAUAUAAUAAAAUGUAAUGAUUAAAAUUAUUAGAUAUGUUUGCUUCAAUAAAAAUCGAUAAAACUGUUCCACCAGUUAGACAAUGUUUACGUCGUAUUCCAAUUCCACUAGAGGAACUCACAUUACUUAAAUUAAAGGAAUUAGAAAAUCAUGAUAUAAUAGAAAGAGUCAAUGAAGCUUCAGAAUGGGUCUCUCCUAUGGUAGUUAAGAGGAAAAGUGCCAAUGAGGUUAAUUUUUAUUUUAAUAACAAAAUAUUAUUUAUAAGCAUUAUAUUAUUUAAUGUAAAUUAAAGGUGAGAAUAAUAAUUGAUUUACGAGAAGCUAAUAAAGCAGUAAUCCGAGAAGUACAUCCUUUACCAACAAUGGAACAAAUGAUUUCUCGAUUGAAAGGCAGCAAAUUUUUCACAAGGUUCGACAUUAAACAAGCUUUUCACCAACUUGUGCUCAAAGAAGAUUGCCGAUAUAUUACAACUUUUAUUUCACCUCUUGGUUUAAUGAGAUACAAACGAUUAGUUUUUGGUUUGUCAGCAGCCCCUGAAUUAUUCCAGAAAGCAAUGGAGAAUAUUUUAUGUGAUUUUGCGUGGGUAAUUGUAUUUAUAGACGACAUAUUAAUUCACGCUCCUGACAAACUAACACUGGAAAGAAGAACAAAAUUGUGAUGGAACGAUUAAAAGAUCGAAACAUAUCUUUGAAUGAAGCUAAAACAUUAAAAUGUGUAACAGAAUUAGAAUUUCUUGGAUAUCAACUGUCUGGAAAUGGUGUUACAAUCUCAAAUUCAAAAUUGGAUACAAUAACUAAAUUUCGAAUUCCAAAAACUGCUGAAGAAGUACGAAGUUUUAGGAUUGAUUACAUUUGUCAAUCGCUAUAUUCCUCACCUAUCUUCAAUUGCCAAACCAUUAAACAAUUUGAUCAAGAAAGGCAUUCCUUUUAAUUGGACAUCGGAUCAUCAAGAAGCAUUUGAUAAAAUAAAAUUAAUAUUAGCUAAGAAGGAGACCUUAGCAAUUUACGACACAAACUUAGAAACGUUUGUAAUGGCUGAUGCGAGUCCAGUUGGAUUGGGAGCAGUAUUAUUUCAGAAAAAUCAGAACGGAACAUAUCAAAUUAUUGGUUACGUGUCCAAAACAUUAUCAGAAGUUGAAAGAAGAUAUGCUCAAAUUGAACGUGAAGCGCUAGCUUUAGUGUGGUCUGUUGAAAAGUUCUAUUAUUAUCUUUAUGGAAAAUUCUUUUGGUUGAUAACGGAUCACAAACCUUUGGUCACUAUUUUUGGAGAACGAGCAAAACCGAGUGCAAGAAUUGAAAGAUGGAUUUUAAGAUUGAUGUCAUUUAAAUAUCAAGUGAUCUAUCAACCUGGAAAGUCUAACAUUGCCGAUCCAUUUUCGAGACUAUGUCAAGAUGCAGAAAUUUGUGACGAAAGUUUUGAUGAAGAAGCGGAGAGAAUUAUUCGAAUGGUUUCACAUGAUAUUUGUCCAGCAUCAUUAUCACAUGAAGAAAUAAGUGACGCCACAUGUAAAGAUAUUGAACUUUCUGAUCUUAUCAAAUGGUUGCCGUAUCCAGUUAAAAGAUGGCCUAAAACCUUAAUUAAAUAUAAAUCUUUCGCUAAAGAUUUAUCAACCGAUGGCUGCAUUGUACUAAAAAACAAGAAGAUUAUCAUACCAAAAAUUUUACAAAAUCGUGUUCUACAGUUGGCUCAUGAGCCCCAUUUAGGAAUUAUUGCAAUGAAAAAACGAUUACGUGAAAAAGUAUGGUGGGUUCGAAUCGAUAAAAUGAUUGUAGAUUUUGUGAAAGCUUGUGAAGGAUGUUUAUUAGUUUCUAAAUGCUCGACCACACCAAUGACAAGAACACCACUACCAACUGGUCCCUGGAAGAAAAUUGCUAUUGAUUUUACGGAAAUUAUGAAUAACACUCACUUAUUAGUAGUUGUUGACUAUUUUUCACGAUAUCCUGAAGUUGAAAUAAUGCCAUCAAUGACUGCUUCUGCAACAAUUUAUAAACUUAAGAUAAUUUUUGCAAGAUUUGGAUAUCCGGAAGAAAUUGUGUGCGAUAAUGGACCACCAUUUCACUCAGAAGAGUUCAUUGUUUUUAGUAAGACUUGUGGCAUCAAAAUUAAUUACUCUGUUCCAUAUUCACCAUUUCAAAAUGGAAUGGUUGAAAGAUUUAAUAAAUCAUUUUUGAAAACAGUGAAAAUUAGUGCGACUAUGGGCAGAGAUUGGAAAACAGAUUUACAAAAUUUUCUUUUAGGUGAAAUUCAGUAUACAAUGAACAGAGAUAGGUAAAGACUUAAAUCCUUUAUUUUAGCUUAUCGGUCUACACCACAUUCCGUAACAGAUGUGGAACCAGCAAAAUUAAUGUUUGGAAGAAAUAUUCGAGAUAAAUUACCGACAAUAGAUUCUACCAAAGCAUCACCAGAUUACGAUGCAAUUAAAGACAAAGACCGAGAAAAUAAAGAAAAAGGAAAACUAAUUGGAGAUAGAAAGAGGAAAGCAAAAGAUUCUUCGAUUGAUGUCGGCGAUGAAGUCAUUGUUAAAAAUUUUAUAAAGAAGAACAAAAUGACUACCAAUUUCAAUCCACAGCCUCAUAUUGUAGUUAAAAGGACUGGAACGAGAUUAACUGUCAAGAAUAAGCGAACCGGAGUUGAAUUGGAUAGACAUGUUAAUCAUGCAAAGAAACUACUUUCAGCAAGUCCAUUUGAAAAGGAAAUAAAUGAUAGAGAUGUCAAUCCAACUGAGGAAAACGGCAGUACAACGAUUGGAGAAGAUGUCAGCACGCGUACUUCGAGAAGGAUUUCCAAGAAACCGAACUACUUACAUGAUUAUUCAUUAUAUCAGUUUGAUGAAAAUCUAAAUUAAAGUUCAUGUUAAAACAAGGAAGAGAUGUGAUAUAUUGUAAUAUUAUAGUAGUCUAUGAUUUAGUAGAUCAUAGUAGUCAAUGAUAUGUAGGUCAAUAAAGAUUCAUUACCACCCUUGUCAUUCU